AUGGAUCGUCGCCCGACCGACGACGCAGCUCCACUUCGCUCAGAUUUACGAGAACUACGCGUCAACACCGAAAGCACCGAGUGGGUCGGAGCACCUUCACCACGUCGAGUACUGACUGCACCAAACAGCCCGUCAACAGCUUUCCGUACAGACCGUGAGGCGAUUUUUCGUUCGGGCAAUGCGACAGUGGCCGAGACGCAUUUGAUACGAUCAACUGGAUCGCAGUCAAACUCUUUCACAGAAGAACACUGGAGUAGUGAAAUCACCAGUUUUGUCACCGCUGCUCCGCCAAAAUUCAUCCAAGUGAUCAAAGCGUAUCGUAUUCUGUCGAGCGAUACUCCGACAUUGGUCGUCGAGGUGGCCUCUGAUCCACCAGCAAUAUUUGAAUGGUUCUGCAAUGAUAAACCGGUGCAGCAGGAUCGUCGACGCUUCCAAGCCCGUCAUGGGCUGAAUAUAACCACGUUGACUGUGCAUCAACCUGAACAGGGCGUCUACAAAUGUACUGCACGAAAUCCGGCUGGAGUUAGCACUAGUUAUGGAUAUAUAACUGUUAAUUUUGAACAUCAAUAUGAUGAAUGGACGAUUGUUGAUCGAAGUAUGGUGACACAGGAGGGCCAGACUACUGUUACCGUACAUCGAUCACCACGUUUCAUUAAUCAGGUUCCAAAUCUAACCGUCCAGCCGGGUAGCGAAGUAGUUAUUGAUGUUGAGGUUGAUGCGGAUCCACCAGCACGGUUCACGUGGUUCGUGAAUGGACGUGAAUUCCGCGAGUCGUCGAAAGGUGUCGAACUGUUCUACCCCAGUACGAAUCGAUGUGUCGUCAAAUUUGCUUUCCCAGUAUCAGGAGAAUACAAAGUAGUCGCAUCGAAUGUACACGGAUCGGCGAUGAGCAGCGGAUACGUCGAAAUUCAUAGAGCGAAACCUACAAAAUCAAUGCGUCCACCGGUAUCAGCCGGCGAGCAUAUUUCACGUAACAUAAUGGCAGCCAGUCAUCAUGCCGGUAGUACUGCUAUUCCAACUGCCCCUGAUGGUCAAGAAUUGCUUCAAACGCAUCAGACUGUGGAUGUAUAUGAAGUUAAUUAUACCCAACGUGCAUCGAGUGUUCCACGAGGAGUUCGUCAUCUGGAAAGUCACGUCGAAAUGCCGAUUUCACCAAGAAGACGAGUAUCCUUGGAACAACACCGUGCAGAGAUCGGCAAAAAACUGCCCGACCGACUUCCACGCUCCCUGUACAAAACACGAAGCGAGGGCGCUCGCUAUCUGCCCCAUGCUCCAAAUUUCAUCACCACUCUUCCAGCCGAAAUCACUGUGAACCCAAACGAGAAGCUCGUGCUCUCCGUCGAUGUCACAGCCCUUCCGACGGCAGAAUUCAGAUGGGAUGUGAACGGAUUUGAAGUGAAAUCGUCAAAGAACAUCACGCUCCUGAAUGAACAAAACCGAUCAACGUUGGUGGUGCAACCUCCAAUCAAACAGGGCAGAUACAACGUGGUGGCCUUUAACAGUGAAGGUCGAGAAAGUCAGCAGACAAGAGUACUUGUUGAGACCCACGUAGUGGAAGAAGCCCCGGCAGCUGAAAUCAAGGCCGGUCCCGACAUCCAGGAAUCAUCGGUGACGGUCACCAGCCCGAACGAACCGGACUGGGAUAUCGUGGACAGCGUUGCCUCAACUGCAUCGACGACAUCUUUCCUGACGGUCACCAGGCGGGAAUUACCUGCAAAGAACGAAGUACCAAAAACGAAAACUGUAAUCAAAGAGGAAAAAACCAUCGUUCUUAACGAUGUUGCUUCACAAAUACCAGUUGUUGUUCAAGAGAUGAAAGCUGAGGAGACCACCACGAGCGAGACUUUUGUGAAAGCAAAGUCGAUUCCGCGAGUCGACGAGAAGCUCCCUAAAAAGCCGGUUCUGUUGUCAGAGCCGUGGCAAGAUCUUCACUUGAAAGUCGGAGAAAAACUCAUCCUUGAAGUGAAAGUUGACAGCAUUCCGCCAGCCACUUUCCGCUGGUACGUAAACAAUUUUGAGGCUAAGAACGGACAGUUUGUCUCCAUCACACAGCCGUGCGAGAAUGUCAGUAUCGCGAUCUUCUCAAAACCAACUUCAGGGCAGUACAAGGUGGUGGCGGCGAAUCCGCUGGGUGAGGUGACCACUAUCACCAGAAUUACAACAGAGCGCACAGUGGAGGAGUUCAAAGAGAGCACAACCGUCACCACAAACCUUCCAAGGCCACCACUGUUUACAUUAAAGAAGAAACCCAUAAUCACAGUACGAGAAGAUCUGCCUAAACCGCCAACCAUAAUUGAAAAGUUGCCCCCGUUGCUAAGAAUCAACUCGACGAGUCCGAUUUCACUGCAAGUGCGAGCGGACGCUGUUCCGGAAGCUACGUUUAUGUGGCUUCUCAACAACUUCGAGCUAAGGAAAACUCAGAACAUUGAGAUUAGCCGAUUGGCAAGCAACGUUUCACAGUUACAUCUUCAGAAAGUGCAGCCGGGAAGAUAUGAUGUGGUGGCAAGCAAUCGCCUUGGACAGGACUCGAGUUCCUGCAAGGUGAUUGUUCAGUAUGAGCAGGAAGAGCCUGCCGCUUCACCGAAGCCACCACCAAUCUUUAUCCAAUCUUUAUCUAAGGAGACAGUUGUUAUUCUUGGGGAAGAAACUAAAAUAGAA